AUAAAAAAUGCCCUAAUUCUCUCGAAUCAUUCAUACGAUUUGCAUAGAAAGGGUGAUUCAUAUCCAGCUUGGGUACGGUCUUAUGCUUCUUCACUCGCUAUUGUUAUUCUCUUUCUUUCUAGAAAUUGGGGUUUGAUUUGGAUCAUCAAAUCAAAUCAAAUCUAAGAGGGUGCUGAUGGCAUCAUCGUCGGGGAAGGUGGAGAAGGGGCACGAGCUGUACAGGGAGGGCAAGUACAAGGAGGCUCUUCUCUUGUACACGGAGGCUCUCACGGCGGCUAAGUCCAAGUCCCAGAAGAUCGCUCUUCACAGCAACCGCGCCGCCUGUUACUUGAAAUUGCACGAUUUCAAACAGGCAGCAGAAGAAUGCACGUGGGUGCUAGAGCUUGAUCAGAAACACAGCGGUGCUUUGAUGCUCAGGGCCCAGACAUUAGUCACUCUUAAAGAGUACCAUUCUGCUCUUUUUGAUGUCACCAGGCUCUUGGACUUGAACCCUGAUUCUGAGGUCUACCAGAACCUCGAGGCUCGCUUAAGGACCCAGUUGUCCCUUGCUCCAAUUCCUGAAUCUGAAGCAGAGUUGGAAAAUGAAGAUGAUGAAGACACAGAUGAACAGUCAAGUAGGAAAGAUGAGAGUAGGUUUGAGUCAUUAGUUUCCAUCACAAGAGAUGUAAGAAACAAGGGGGAAGAUGUUGUUGCACCUAAAACACCUGAGGUUAGAGAUGACAAGAGCAAGGAUGAUGUGUCAUUGUCCAACGCAUGGCAAGCCAUCCCUAAGCCCAAGGGUCAUUCCACACUCGACUAUGCCCGUUGGGAUACUGUUGUUGAAAACGAUGACUCCAGUCAAGAAGAUGACAGCGAUGAAGACAGUGACGAGGAGGAGGAUCAGCCUCAGUACAGAUUCCGUGUUAGAACCGUCGGUGUUCGUCCUGUGAAGUGAUAAAAAGGGUGUAUAGAUGGAUGGUUUCUUUCUUUCCUUGAUAUUGUUGUUGCACACAAGAGCUGUGAAAAGAGAAAAGCCAUCAGGGAGCAGCAGACUGUUCCUGUCCUGUCAUGUUAUACAUAUUCGUUAACAAAAACACAUGUAUAAGUCUAGAUGUGAUGUCACAGUAUACAAGAGGGACCAUUAUCAAAUGAAAUGGUUCCUUUUUCUCUUGGUCAAUGCAGUUUCAUUGUACAACAUUAUAAGCUUUCUCUCCAA